CUGACUGCAAAUCAAUGAAGCCAGUCAAACAAACGGGGCUGGGCAAUCGAAGUUGGGACAAUUUACGGAGGUUUCUGUUGCCGGAUAGUCGCCAUCAACAAGGAUAUGAAUACAGCUGAUAUGAAUAAAAAGCUAUUUUUGUGUCCUUCCAAGGAGUAAAGAGAAUAUACAUGUAGAUUUGCUUCUUCCUAUUCGAGGACUUUCAUGUAUUUCUGUCGUAAAUUGUAUCUGAACUGAAAAACUACCCUCUUCUUUGGAACUGAGGAUGAUUUUUGCUAAUACUGGACACCCACUGAGGACACCGUAUCGCAAACAGCCACUUGCUGCCCCAUCGUCACACCCCAUGGCUCCACCCAGCCCCAGCACCAACAGCAGCACCAACAACAGCAGCAGCAGCAGCACUGCAGGCUGGGACCAGCUCAGCAAAACAAACCUCUACAUCCGUGGCUUGUCCCCUUCAACCACAGACCAUGAUCUGGUCAAGCUCUGUCAGCCGUAUGGCAAAAUUGUGUCAACAAAGGCCAUCCUGGACAAGACUACAAACAAAUGCAAAGGGUACGGCUUUGUGGACUUUGACAGCCCCGCUGCUGCUCAGAAAGCUGUAGCUGCCCUAAAGACCACUGGUGUCCAAGCUCAGAUGGCAAAGCAACAAGAACAAGACCCGACAAACCUGUACAUCUCCAACUUGCCAUUGUCUAUGGAUGAGCAGGAGCUGGAGAACAUGUUAAAGCACUUUGGCCAGGUCAUAUCCACACGCAUCCUGAGGGACUCCAGUGGAGGCAGCAGAGGAGUGGGCUUUGCAAGGAUGGAGUCAACUGAAAAAUGUGAUGCAGUAAUUUCUCACUUCAAUGGAAAGUUUAUCAAGACACCUGCAGGUGUUCCAGCACCAUCUGAACCCUUGCUGUGCAAGUUUGCUGAUGGCGGACAGAAAAAGAGGCAAAGUCAGAAUAAAUUUUCCCUGAAUGGUCGGGGGUGGGGUAGAGACAGCGACUCUAGACUGGCUGGAAUGACACUCACAUACGACCCCAGUGCAGCUGCUCUGCAAAAUGGAUUUUUCCCACCAGCGUACAGUAUUUCAAACAGGAUGAUCGCCCAAACGUCCAUGUCUCCUUACAUGUCUCCGGUUUCAACAUACCAGGUGCAGAACCCAUCGUGGGUGCCUCAUCAACCCUACAUAAUGCAGCACCCAGGUACAGUACUAUCGCCCUCUAUGGACCCAUCUAUGUCACUACAGCCCACUUCGAUGAUGGCCCCACUCUCACAACAGAUGAGUCACCUCUCUCUGGGCAGUGCAGGAACGUUCAUGGCCGCCAACACAGCUAUGCAAGGAGCAUAUAUCCCCCAGUAUGCACACAUGCAGACAUCAAGUAUUCCCGUAGAGGAAAAUGGUGCACAGUCACAAGUGGACUCUGGCAAUCAUUCCCCGUAUUCCUACCAACAAAGCAAGUAGCGCCGAGGUCGGGUUUGCAGGUCCAGCCCGCCCUUCCAGACCAAAAGCCACGCUCAGGAGCUGGCCACAUACAGCUGUUUCCUUAUAGGUUGUUUUGAAUACUUUUUUAUUUUCUUCAAACCUAUUUUUUAUGAUGUAUUAUUGUUACCAUUAGGGGGUCGAGAAAAUGUUUCCAUUCAUGUUCACAAAUUCAGUUUUUAAUUAUGAAAGUGCUGCGGCUUAUACAGCAAUAGAGCCCAGGGGGUGAUCUCAGAUCUUUAAGACCAACAAUGACAACAAAGCGUGGGGGUGUUCAUUGGGUCUGCGCUCCUUUAAACAAACAUGUUUGUUGCUUUGUCUUGGGUCUAGACUAGCUCGCAGCACCCUUCCCCCUCUGUAGUCCAACAAAUGUAAAGGGCCUCUGUGAUUAUACUUGAGAUUUUCCAUGUAAUGCCUGAGACUGAGAAGUAAUACUGUCUUAUGAGGUUAAUGCUGCUAGUGGUGUCUGAACCAAGUGCCAUAGUAUCUGGGUCAAGAGUUGCAGAGGUUGCAUCAAAGAAAAGUUGCUCAUAUAGGUAACCACCAUGUUGAACAGUCAUUAAGUUAUAAGAAAUAUUUCUAAUUUAUGAAGAUGUUUUUUUUUUGUACAGACAACUUGAGGAAAUAAGAGAUUUUCAUAGAGCUAUAUGAAAGUUAUUGUUUUUAUUUUUAUUUUUACUUGUGCCACACGAUUGCCAGUGGUAACUAUGUACAGUUUAAUAAACCUUCCUCUGUUUUUUCUUUUUUUGUAGUGUUUGUUAAAGCCAAAGACAUUUUUUUUCAGUAGACUGUUGCCUAAGGUUAAUUCUUUCAUUUCUUUGACAUUUUUGAAUAAACAUUUUCAACUUUU